CAGAGACGAAUUAAACAGCUGUGCAUUGGUUGGUCGUCUAACAAUCCUUUGCCAAGAUAUCGCAAUAAAUAACAAGUGAGUUCCUCACCUUAGAGCUACAAAAGACAUCUUAACAAAGCCAAGGAAGACAAGUAAGUGCCACCUUUUUGCCCUCAGAGUAGGGUCGGUGGGCGCUAAGACCAACCAACAAUCAAGGCGAAUCAAACCCAACCCUUGGACCCUAUUGAUACAAGAGCCUUACCACCAUGCCAGACCCAAAAUUGGAAAAGGAACCUCAUGGGACGCAUGGGGGUUCAACGGGCAAUCAAGGCCGUUUCUACGAAGGAGAGAAAGUCCUUUGCUUCCACGGGCCCUUGAUUUAUGAGGCCAAAAUCCAAAAAGUGGGCAAGAGGGACAAACAAACCAAAUAUUUCAUUCAUUAUCACGGGUGGAACAAAAAUUGGGACGAAUGGGUGCCCGAAGCUCGGAUGCUCAAGUAUUCCGACUCAAAUUUAGAGAAAAAACGGGACUUGGUCAAAGCUCAUGAUGCCACAACCAAGGCUAAAAAGAUGGCUAGUAAGCGGAAGGCCGAGGUUUUGGCAGCAGCUGCCGCCGGAGGGCCAGGAAAUGGCGCUGGCGAAGCCGCGGUUCCUUCCUCUGAAUCUAGUGCUCUUUCAGAGUCCGCCACUGGCGACGAACCCAAGGCUAUUGUGGGCCAAGAUGUACCUUCUGUCCCCAAUCCGGCCCCUGCAGAGGAAAUAAAGAAAAUUUCGACUGAGAGCGACAUGAAAGUGCCUGAGGGCCCUGUGGUAGAGAAAAAGGCACCUCGUACCUCCAGUCGAAAGUCGGCUACUCCCACUUCUACCACAGCCAAGAAGAAUGCCAAACGAGUCCAGGUUUCGGCCAAAGAGGCUGAAGAUCGACAACAAGAGAUAGCCGCUCCCAAAGUGAUUGAGCGACCGGACAGCACUACAGUUGAGACCGAAGAUCAAUUCUACACCAAGGUGGAAGUUCGGAUCAAGAUUCCGGAUGAAUUGAAGCCCUACCUGGUAGAUGAUUGGGACUACUUAAGUCGGCAACGGAAGUUAGUCAUCUUGCCGGCUCGAAUUACCGUAGAUCAAGUGAUUCAAGACUACAUUCGUCACAAAACCAAAGGCGGCAAGAACAACCAGAAGGAAAGUGCCAUCUUGGAAGUCACGUCCGGGUUGAAUGAAUAUUUCAAUGUGAUGCUCGGCUCACAACUCUUGUACAAAUUCGAACGGGAACAGCACUCGGAUAUUUUGAAGGAACACCCGGACACGCCCAUGAGCAAGAUUUACGGUCCCAUACACCUCCUUCGACUCUUUGUGAAGUUAGGCGGAAUGCUCACCUACACCCCUUUGGGCGAGAAGAGCAUCCAACUUCUUUUGUAUUACAUCCAAGACUUCUUGGGCCACAUGAAAAAGAACGCAUCCACCCUGUUCAUGAUUCAAGAUUAUGGCACGGCUUCACCCGAGUAUCACAGACGAGCUCUGUAGUAUCUUUCCCUACAGAGAAUUGAUUAUAUUAUUGCCUGCUUCUUGCUCUCAAUUGUAUCCAUGAACUCAUCUCUAUUCAAAGUAUUAUACCGAAUUAUACAGAAAUCACACUU